CUAGCGAGGAGCAUAGUCUGUGAUGUUUUAAAGAAUUAGUUGGUCCAUUUUAAAAUAUAUAUAGCUAGCCUCCUCAUCCCCACGUUACUGAUGGCCUUGAACCUGUAGUCCUUUUGCCUCUACCUCCCAGAUGUGGGUGUUCCAGGUGUGCACCACCACACCUGGUCUGUGAAGUGCUGGGGUCACACCCAGUGCCUUGUGCAGGCGACGUGAGCACUCUUGUCAACCAAGCCACAUCCCAGCCCCUCAAAGUGCAUCUCAAUGCCGUCACAUAGCUGAUGUGGCAGUUGUCGUCCGUCCAGCUGACAUGCACUCUGUCUGUGUGCUUUUGGAAACUGGUUUUCCCACCGUCCUGCUGACAUGCACUCUGUGUGCUUUUGGAAACUGGUUGUUGCUCUGUCCCUGUGACGUGUGCUCUAUCUGUCUGCUUUCGGAAACUGGGACACCACAGCAGGAAGCCUCCUGUGCACCUGAGCUCGCCCUCUCAGGGUCAGCCAUUGCCAUCCGUGUGUCCUCUGUAGUUAUUGCUCUCUCUCCAGAUGGGUCUGUCCCGACAGCUUGGUGGUCCUUUUUAACCGUCUGUCCCAGUUCUCUAAAAGCAGCUGCUGCAGGCGGAGGGCCUCCCAUGGCUCGGGCAUUGGUAGGUAUAGGCAGGCUGGCAUCUGAAGGCAUAGUGCUCAGUAAGCAACUUCUGGGGAAACUCUAGCAUGUAAUCGCCUCUCAUUGCCAGGCAGCUGGCAUGAGCUGGGCCCCAUUAGUUUCAUCACCACUCCUGGGAUGAACUCUCUAGGAACACGCUUUGCCCGGUGGCCUGAGAGCUCUGCCCUGUGAGCUCACCCAUGCUGGUGGGAUGACCCAAUCUUUACUUUUAGGGAACUAUCGUUGCCACUGGGUGGAAAGACAGAAAUCAGCCUCACUUCACUUCAAAGGUGACCUUGUUUCAAAGAGGGCAAAUGACGUUUGGAGUCAGAUUAUGGGAAAGUCCUGGGUUCUUCGAGGGAGAACACAGUAGUGUCGCAACACACACAUGUUUCAGGGGCUGGGGUGUGGCUCAGGUGCCAAGUGCUUGCAUAACACGUACACGUCCCAGGUUUGGUCCCCAGCACCACAUGGACCAGGCGUGGCAGUGCACACUGACAGUGUAGGGAAGAUUACCAGACGUUCGGGGACAGCACUGUCAUCAUUGAGGGCAGCCUGGGAUGCAUGAGACUUUGUCACUUUGGGCAAUGUAAGGUGUGUUAACAGUACUACUGCCUGAGUUUUGAGGUGAACCACACAGGGGCGAAUGCCAUACUGGUAGUGCCAAAGUGAGCUUAAUGACCUUGUCCUUGGUUCUGAGUCGGGCACCUCCUGGGGUCUUCUCAGGCACCCCUUGGCCACCUUCUUCCACCUGUUCUUCCGCGUGAGUGCCAUCAUCACCUAUGUGUGCUGUGACUGGUUCAGCAGGAGCUUCGUUGGCUGCUUUGUCACUGUGCUUCUCCUACUGUCCUUUGACUUCUGGUCUGUGAAGAAUGUGACUGGAAGACUCAUGGUGGGUCUUCGAUGGUGGAACCAGAUCGAUGAGGACGGAAAAAGCCACUGGAUAUUUGAAGCCAGAAAGGCCUCUCCAAACCACAUGGCGGCCACUGAAGCAGAGGCACGCAUCUUCUGGCUCGGCCUCAUCAUCUGCCCCGUGGUCUGGACCGUGUUCUUCUUCAGCACCUUGUUCUCCUUGAAGCUCAAGUGGCUGGCUCUCGUGAUCGCUGGGAUUUCCCUCCAAGGUGCCAACCUCUACGGCUACAUCCUUUGUAAGAUGGGGGGCGAGGGUGACAUCAGCACAGUUGCAGCCAGCUUUCUGUCCCAGACAGUGUUCCAGACGGUGAGUGGCCAAGUUCCUCCCUGAAUCCUUCCUCCCAGGUGCUCAGAGUAAAGGGCACUGGUUGACAACUUCAGUUCCUAACAGUCUUCCUACCAGUAGGCUAACCAUUAUUUUCUAUCGUGUAUAUCUAAAAUCUACCAUGUUGACUAUUUCCAGUGUAGUUAUAACUGGGCAUGAUGGUGCACACCUUUAAUCAUAGUACUCUGGAAGCAGAGGAAAAUGAAUCUCUGAGUUUGAGGCCAGCCUAGUCUACAUGAGUUCCAGCACAGCCAGGGCUGUGAGAUCAUAGUGAGAUCCUGUCUCAAUAGGUAAGUAAAGAAAUAAAAAGCACAUUGGGUUAAUUAGUUCUAGGGACAGCACUGUGCAGAUGCCACAGUCUAGCUCCCACAGUAGCCCUGUCCUUUAGACACCAGCUCCCCAUCGUCCCCAGCUGCUGGCACCCACCAUCCUGUCUGUAAGGGACUGACAGCUUCUAUCAGCAGAGUCAGGGUUUGACACUGUGUGACUACUGUGUAGUUUUAAGUGAUAUUUAAAACUUCAGAAUUGGGGGCUAGAGAUGGCUCAGUUCCAAGCAUAAAGUUUCUGCAGAGGACCCAGACUGGGUUCCCAGCACACACAUUAACAAUAUGCAUGCAUUCAUUAAAAAAAAAAACACUCACACCCAUACCCAUAAAAUUAAACUAAACCUACAGAAUUGGCCAGGGAGAUGGCUCAGUGGAUGAAAGAACUGAAUGUGUAGACCUGACUACCUAAAUUCAAUCCCAAGAAUCCACAUAAGCCAGGUGUGGUGGUGUGCAUCUAUUACCACGGAGUCAGACGAAAAGGAGAUACAGAAGGUCAUGGGCAACUAGCCUGGAGUACAUACUG